CCGCGGCAUGUGGGAUCUUCCCGGACCGGGACACGAACCUGUGUCCCCUGCAUCGGCGGGCGGACUCUCAACCACUGCGCCACCAGGGAAGCCCCUGAUGCUGAUUUCUUAACUUUGACAACUAGAAAGACAAUGAAUGUUAAAAUUGUGAAUAUUUUUAAUAAAAAUACUUAAAAUAUAAUAAAAUAAAAAAAAUAAGGCCCGGUACCUGCUCCACUGCCUCUCACCCAUCUAUUCAGCUGGUGUAUUACUCUCUCUUUAUAACAAUGGCCUCCACGGAAAAACACUCACUGUGCGAGGUUUGCAGUGAGAUGUUCUGGCCUCCCUACCGCCAGCAGUUAGUUGAAAAAAAGUUUAAUUUGGAAAAAGAAUAGUUACCAGGCCUGAGCCAGGGUGAAAGGCAGCUGGAUCCUUAAGAAUGGGGCAAUUCGACAAGCAUUGUUCCCUUCAAGUUUGUAUCUUUUUACAUUCCAAUAACUUUUGUGUGAUCCUUGGUUUUCUUUUAACACUUCAGUCAGACACAGAGUCAGUGUUUAAUAUAAUUUACGUCUGAAGACAGGCCGUUCCUGGUCUGAACAAUAUGAUGUCAGUGCUUCGGGGAGGGGAAGCAUAGCCUUGAAUUUUUUGGAAAUAAGGCUUUUCAAAAGGGAAGACCCACUGUAAAUCAGUAGCCAGGUCACAGCUGCACUUCCACUCUUCGGACUUAAAUUCUACAGUUUCCCUCGUAUGUAUGAUGCUGUCCCAAGACCCACUCCGCCUCCUCACAACUGAGCACACACAUACGUACACGUUGCCAGGAACGGUUUUGGAAUCAUUAAGGGAAGGAGGUAAACACACGCUCACAGGUAAACAAGCCUCAACAAAUUGCUCAGGUGCAUUUGAAAAUCCAUUUGUUUAUAUAUUUGAAAAACGGAGGAAGUCAAAGUGAACAAGGCAAAAAUGCAUAGUUUGAGGAGAUAUUCAAAUAGCCAUGGAAAAGAAUUACUCAGCGAAACAAAGGAAAGUAUGACAUUACAGGAGUCGUGAGGUUUUUCAAGAGAGUAAAGAGGUUUUGGUUAGUUGAUUGUUGAACCCUGAGGGCCUUUGACUUAAGAGUCUGUUGAUCGUGGAGGGGCCCAGCCCCUCCUCAUGGGUUAUUUGCGCCUGUGUGGGCCUGAGGGUAUUUUUGUCAUAAUUUAUCCCACCUGUGUCUGUCACUUCCUCCCCACUCUCCUCCCGGGACAGCCUGGCUCAGGUUUCUCGGGAAAGUGCUAAGCCAGUUAUUAAUAACAGCCCAGCGAGCCUCGCAAGCCACCCAGGAGCAGAUGGUGUUUGUCACAAAAGAGAGAGAUCAUCUCCUUUACUUUGGACUUCGCUUAUCAAACCCCUGAACAGAACCAAGGUUGCUAAGAGACCACCUGUGCUGAAUGCACUUUGUUCUAGCAAGAGCAGCUGGAGAGAAAACCCAGGAGCAGCAUUACCAACCACUACCCGGGAUUAAGUCAGGGAGCAGGAGCUCUUGGAUAUGACCUGUAAACACUGGAUGUUAAUUUCUACUACUAACCCCACAAGUCUGGAAGAUGAAAUUGUGGGAAGACUUCUAAAAAUUCUGUUUUUUAUCUUUGUUGACUUCCUGUCUAUUAUAUAUGUUGUUAUAACUUCUUAGAAAGUUGACUUCCCUUACUUUACAUGUGAAUUUCAUAUUGAAUUACAGUGAAUAAAAUUUUGUAAUUUA